UGGAGCGGCUCCGGGAGAGCAGCCUCGAGCAGAGGGACAGGGAGAGACGGAGCUGCUCGACUGGAAUCGCAGAAACGGGACGCAGAGUCACUUCCACAUUUGGAUUCAGAUUCCAAGCCGGGAGCCCUGGAACUGACUAAUGGGAGCCUCUGAUGUUGAAUUCCGGCUCCCUACACCUGCCUACAUGCCUGAUGAUGACAGCAUGAAGUCUGGACAUUGGAAUGCUUCAGAAAGCUACCAGCUGAACCCAGCUAGCAUCAUCGUCCCCAUCGUAUUCUCUUUAAUCUUUCUACUUGGGACGGUAGGGAACAGCCUGGUGCUCGCUGUGUUGUUCAGGAAUGGCCAGAUGGGACACAACACAACCAACUUGUUCAUCCUCAACCUGAGCGUGGCUGAUUUCUUCUUCAUCAUAUUUUGCGUUCCAUUUCAAGCCACAAUCUACACCCUGGAAGGUUGGGUUUUUGGGUCAUUCAUGUGCAAGGCUGUUCAUUUCUUCAUUUACCUGGCGAUGUAUGCAAGCAGCUUCACCCUGGCUGCUGUUUCAGUCGACAGGUACCUGGCAAUUCGAUAUCCUCUCCGAUCGAGAGAGCUCCGCACUCCUUGCAACGCCAUUACUGUCAUGGCGGUGAUCUGGGGGCUUUCCAUCGUCUUCGCUGGGCCCUACCUGAGCUACUAUGACCUCAUCCCCUACGAGUGGUUCUACAUCUGCAUGCCUGCAUGGGAGGAACCAAAAAGGAAAAUCAUGGAUACCUCCACUUUCAUAUUUGGAUAUAUAGUCCCAGUCGCGGUUAUAAGCCUGAGUUAUGCUAGGACCAUCAAGUAUCUCUGGACAGCAGUGGACCCAAUAGAAGACAUAUCUGAAUCCAGGAAAUCCAAGAGAAAGGUCACCAAGAUGAUUAUCAUUGUGACUGUGUUGUUCUGCCUCUGCUGGCUCCCUCACCAUGUUCUCAUCCUGUGUUUCCACUAUGGCCACUUCCCCUUCAAUCAGGCCACCUACGCCCUCAGGCUGCUGUCUCACUGCAUGGCUUACACCAACUCCUGCCUCAACCCCAUUGUUUACGCCCUGGUCUCCAAACACUUCCGCAAAGGUUUCAAGAAGGUCUUCAGCUGCCUGCUGAGCAAGAAAGCGAUGAACAAAGUCCACGUGGUCCACGUUGUGAACAUGGUCACCGGCUGCACAGAGGUCACGCGCCUGAAUGAGGAAGACGGGAGGCAGCGGGGCUGUGAGCUCACCAAUAGGCGACUCUCCAGACAACCCGCUUCAGCAAUGACCAUCACAGUGCCAUACCAGCAGACAUCUUGAACGCUGGCUCAAAGGAAUACAUUCACUUCCAGCCAAUUCCCUGAUUCCUGUGCCCUCUCUUUAGAUUACUUAGUCCCUAUGUUAGUUAUCAAUGUGUAGGUGUAAGCAGCUACUGCCUAAAAGAGAAACGAAACAAUGGACCAUUACCUUGAAAUGUCAGCUAUAACAGUCACUGCCAAAAACAGAAUAACAUGAGCAUCCCUGGCACCUUAGAAUGUUAUUUAGUUAGAAACUGGGUCAAGGUUAGGGAGGAGCUGAUUGAAGAUCAUGUCAAAGAUGAAGGAAGAGCUUAUAAAUUUGUGAAAUCCCUUCAAUUCCUUCCCUAACACUACUCUAAGUCGACAUGGUUCACAUUGUAACAUGGAUACCAGCUCCACAGGUGUAAUGAUGGAAACAGGGGGCAAGGGAAUGAGCAGUUAGGUCAGUCUAGAACCUCCACAGUGUGGGAACAGCUGUUCAGCCUAUAGGGUCCACACCAGCCCUCCCACCGAGCCCCACUCCCUAUCUCUGUCAGCCACAUAUCCCACGGCUAACCCACCUAACCUUCCUAUCCCUGGACACU